AUGAACCUCUUGUCGUUCGAAUACACUGUCGGGGACGAAGUGUUAAGUCGAGUUCAAACGAUUCGAGAUCCAGCUCUGUCAUUCCAGAACCACUACGAAGACAUCAUAGACAAGGCUCGUCGUCAAUUGGGAUUUGUGAGCAAAUUGAGCAGAGAAUUCCGAGAUCCUUACACGCUGAGAUCCUUGUAUUCGUGCUUGGUUCGGCCGUUUCUAGAAACCGCUUCAUUAAUAUGGGACCCUUAUCGUAGCACUAUGGCUGCUCGCAUCGAAUCAAUUCAGGGAAGGUUCGUCAGAUUCGCCCUACGUCUCCUGCCAUGGAAUGAUCCGCUGAAUUUGCCACCGUACGAACAUCGAUGUCAGUUGAUAGGGUUGGAAACGCUGAAGCAAAGGCGGAAACGGGCUAAGGCAAUAUUCAUCGCUCGACUUCUUGUCCCCGAAAUUGAUGCUCCAAACGUACUUGCGCAAAUCGCCAUCAAUGUUCCUGGUUAUACUCUCCGUCGCUCUGACUUCCUUCGCCUGCCGUUCAGACGUCGAGACUACUCCCUCCACGAACCAAUACGUUCAAUGAUGGAAUGCUUCAACGAUGUUGCCCAUUUGUUUGAUUUUAAUAUCACGAUUAACGAAUUUAAGAGUAGAAUUAAGCGUUUCGUGUUCAGCUAG